AUGCCCGUAACUUGCAAAGUGCGUACUUCGUUUUACGCUCUGCAGCUCUCGGACAUGUUGGCCGGCCCAGCGGAUUCUCGGUGGUUUGAGAAAUCCUUCAGCCUCAUUGUUAACCAGAGCGGCACUGCCGCCAUCAACUUUGAGCACAGUUGGGGUGAUGGCGUGGCUGUGCUUCGCUUUUUCAAUGAGAUCUUCAAAGACACUGAGUCGAGGCCGGCAGUGCAUCCAGAAGACACCCUUUGCAGCUCUGACUCGUAA